AUGUGGCACUCCAGAAAAUCCAGCCUGAUAACUCGGGGAACCCACAUCGAUACCCCAGAUCUUCCAGACGAAUUAUGGUGGAAAAUCAUCGAAUUCCUACCCACCGAAGAGGUACAAAGGCUGUACAGUGUCAACCGCCCAUUUCUUGAGGCAGCCUUCCAACAACGCUACCGUUUUGUUGAUUUGGACGGGCUUCCAAUUGAUAAACGAAGGUUUCGUGACCUUGAACGUCGCCUAAAGGACGAAACACUCGCCAAGUAUGUUCGAGUGAUCCACCUACGUCCCACGAUUUUUGGAGCUUUUCUUCACCAUGACAUACGUGGCCGAAGAAAAUGGAAAAGGAUCUUCUCAAAUGUGCUUCAAAAGAUGAACCCCAUGCAACCGAGACCGGUCUUCACAGGAAAUUUGAUUUCAAACGUACUUGGGAAUAUGCGACGGGGACCGUCCUAUACUGAUCGGCCUGGUGCAAAAACUCAAUUCGAUGGCAAGAUUCUAUAUAAUCUUGCCUCCCUCACACAACUGGAGGUUGUGUGCGACUAUUUCGAGUUCUGGUAUUCGACUGGAUACACCCCGCUCCUCGGAUUCCUUUCAGCGGGCUGGGAUUCUUUCGGUCCAAAUUUACAAAUCCUCCGAUUGAAGAUGCCUUUGGUGGUUGUCUAUGGCAUUCUUAGUAGUAACCCCAUCGCUCUCAAACUUCCAGAUUUACGAGAACUCGUACUGGAAGUUUCUAUGACUUGCCCGCCCUUCGUAAAUUACGUCCCUGAAGGAGAUGUAACACAACUCACUACUCUCCUUCCUCUCAUCAACAACCAUUCUAAUACUCUGCGGGCUCUCACCCUCCACUCCUUGUAUUCAAAUGACUACUUGGAUCUUCCCUUGAAACAUCUCAGUUAUAUGCCAUCUCUUGACAGUUUCUCCAUUUCUAUUGACGAGAAAACGGAUUGUUCAGCACUCCAUGAUUUCCUGUCAUUGCAUCAACACCAGCUUAGGAAUUUGGCAAUACGGCUCGAGCAGGGCUUUUCCGACCUCACAACCCCAUCAAGUCAUUGGUUUCAACCUCCUUGCUUCCAUGUGGAAUUACCGGGACUACGCAACCUGUCUCUGGAUGGCUGCGUUUAUCCUCUCCAUCCCGCCGCUGCGGUGGACUACGUUCUGCGGUACAAUGCCGAAUUGACUACCUUACGGUUAACCGCAGGAACGUUUUCGUUCGCCGAGGUCAAUGAUUUAAUCAACGGAUUUGUGGUUCGAUCAAAACUCCGAAAAUUGCAUAUCUUUACAAUCUACCUCAGCCCCGACCUCCUUCGGUUUCUAUCAACCACAUUACCAAAUCUUCAAGAUCUUACCAUUAUGUUUCACUCCAUCCUUCCACAAGAAGGUUCGGAGAUUUCCCUGAACGCUGAAGCUACAGCAGACGCGUUUUGUGAGGAGAUGAAAAAUCUUUACGUUCCAGAGUGGGCAGUUCACAGCCUUUUUACUAGUCCUCUAGGCUACGCAAAGAAUUUAAAAUGCAGGACAGCCCUGGCGGCGGCAUUCCCCAACAUCUUGACAUUCAACGGGCUGGAAAGAGAAGAUUAUCUGAUGCCCGGCAGCGUUCCAGGCUUUCCUUAUUACAGUGCAUCGUAA